GCAGUGAUGGCGAGGAUGUGACGUUUAACCGAAAACGUCGUUCUUCACAAUAAAUGUAACGUUAGUAUUUUCACCGGAGAACUGUAUGAUCAUGGAGUUCUCAUCGCUCAUCAAGAAGAUAGGACACUCCUUAGCUGAAAUCAGAGUUCGGGCUCUUAAAAAUAUCAGAAGCAAACUGGAUCAUGGUCUCAUCUCUACUCCCGAUCUGGUCCAGGAAAGGAUGCUGUUCGUUUACCUACUGGAAUGGUUUAAUUUUCCUGAGGUUCCAAUGCAAGAGGAGGUUCUGGAGUUGAUCUGUACACUGUCAAAGCACCCGACUGGAGCACAAAUGCUACGGGAUGUAGGGGCUGUUGAAUUCCUAACACAGCUCUCACCUAAUGUGGAUCCUCACCUGCGCACAAGCGUAGACAGCAUUUUCGAUCAGCUGUUCCACCUUCCAGAGGUCCUGCCUAGUUGUCCACCCACCACCACCUACCAGCCACAUUCUGUUCCCUUGCUGCAGACAGAAGAGGACUCUUCGGCGAGGGGAUAUUUCCAGUGCAGUCAACUCAGGCAGACAGAUGCUCCAGGCCCCAGAGUAUUAGUCAACACUUCUGUAAGAUGCCUGAAGUUCUCCGUUUUUCCAUGGCUGUCUUUAAACACAACAGAUCAACAUAUAUUGUCAUCAAAUGAAAGUUCCCUUAGAAGCGACAACCACAAUUUGGUACGGACCACCUGUGAGCUGCUUCGUGAUGUGAUCAUGCAAGACUUCCCCGCUGAAAUCUUUCUGCAAAGGCCAAGUACAGUGCAAAGUCUCCUGUCACUUCUUGGUCUGAACACUGACGGUGAUGUCAGUUACCUGGCGUUUCAAGCAUUGGCCUGUCUGGAGCAGCUUUGUAGGAACCUGAGGAGCCGCCUGCGUUUCUACAGGGAUCCCAGCUUCCAUUCUGCCAAGCAAGAUCCUGUGUCUCAGAACUCCUCUAUCUCCUACUCUCAUGAGGUGAGGGGAACACAGCGGUCCGGGGUAUCGACCCCAGAGGAAUGCUCUCCCAGACCCUCAGUAGUGGGCCGGCCCGGUCAGCGGGUGCGAGGCGAUGGCCAGGAUGGCGAUGCUGCCUCUUCUAGCAGCAACAGCAGCAGUCAGAGAGGGGUUCCCCCCAGGCCGGCCCAGCAGUCUCCCCUCCCGCAGCCCCACCUGGAGCUCCCCCCAGAGAUGGAGGCGGAAGAAUCACUGGAGCUUCAGCUUCAGCAGUGGAGCUUGGCUAGAUUCGGUGUGGCGGCCAUGGAGCACGCUCUCCCACUCAUCAAUACAGAGAGCCUGAAGGUUUUCCAGCGGGCGCUGGAGAUGCUGGCGGCGACGCAGGGGCUUCUGGGAGACAGCGUGGCCCCCGAGGUGUGGGACGAGCAGAGCCUCACUGCGACAGAGCUGAGGGAGAAACUACAAGCAUGUGUAGAGAUGUUGGGAGACGUUAUGUGCUACCAUCAUGGCAUGACCUCCUCUGAACAGCCCGAAUCGUCUCUGAUCCACCACAGAAUGGCCUUUAUUGGCACUGCCAUAUUUACAAUCCGUCUCCUGCAAACCUUGUUACCUGUGGAGAAGGCUGGUGUGAACCUUCCUGAAAGUACAGUGGCUGCCAUAUUUCUCAUGUGUCUUGAUACAUCUUUCAGUGUGGCGUACCCUAUUAUACACGAGUCAGCCGUGGCUUACCUAGAACAGGCUUGUUUGGAAAGAUACAACCUUUAUCGAAGGGUGUCUCGCGUUUCUUAUUGUAUGGAGGCCUGCUGCACUUUUCUAAAGGAAGCACAAGCUAAGGGAGAUAAGAAUUGGCACGAACUUUUGGAUCUCGCUGACCAAGCAACCGAUGCUUUUCCAUACCAUCAGCACUUACCGGUGGUGAAGGAAUGUGUCCAGAUUUGCUCCUACCUGUGGAAGUUUGAACACGCGAGCCCACUGCUGCAAUCGGAAAGUCAGAAGUUAUUUCUGAAGCUUUUGUCUCAUCCUAUGUCCCCAGUGAAGGCGGAAACCUACUCUUGCACUCUGAGCAUUUUGAAGGAAUGUUUGGGAGUUCAAAACGUGGCCAAACCGGCAUCAUCCAUCUGCAACGGCAUAUACUUUCUGCUUCACCCCCGCGUUCUAUAUGAGAUCAGCGUGUUUGGCCUUCAAGACCAAGCAAGAGAGGUGAGCUGCGCUGCCAAGGAUAUUCUGCUCUAUCUGCUGAAGGGACGAUUGAUGAUGACAGCCGCAAGUUGGAGCAGAUUUAAUGAGGCACUUUACGUGGUCAUUCCCGUAUUACAGAGUUAUGCGGGCACAGACGACGUCCUGGGAAACUGCGUCCUUCUGAUAAGUGAAGCAUCUGCCGAUAGAGGAGAUGAGGUGCUUUCUCUGACAGCCAGGCUACGGGCCGCCCUUCGGCUUUUGUUCUCCAAGCAUCACACUGUGAGGAAAACAGCAGUCGAGCAUCUGCUUCCGCACUUGACCAGCACUGAAGGUGCCGGGACCACCAGACCAGCCCUGGACAGUUCCACACUGUCCUCUUUACCAGACAUCUACAUUGUCAAUAAAUCUGUUGACGUCAAGUUGAAUACUCCAGACAAGUCGUAUGUGAAGGUGGAGUCUGUAAAUAAGUUGUACAAUAUUCUCACAUCAGAGACUGUGGAUGUAGUUUUACGGAGAUCUGCAGCUGAGCAGCUGGCUGUUGUUUUGCAAGAUCCAUCAAUGCAUGCUGUUCUGAAGGCCUUGGGUUUAUCAGACAAGCUUAUAUCUUUCAUCUCGGAGAGUGUCAACAACAAUGCAUCGAGCAUGGAUUGCUUGUUGGAGCCCAGCGUGUGCAUGUUGAGGAAGCUGGUGUUUGAAGACCCCUCACUGCGUCACAGUCUGGCUCAGCAGACGUCUCUUCUCAUCACGUUGCUCAGAGCUUCUCUGUUAAUAAAGGAAAAUAAAGGUGAUGUGAGUGAGGUUGCUGCGUUGAUGUCUAUUCUGCUGUUUGAUGAAAUAGCACGAAUGGAUGUUUGGACCGAUAAAGCAGGCUCAGAUACAGCCUUGUCUCCCUUCUCACUGCCCGCCUCUGUUAUACGAAGGUAUAAUCUGCCAUUUCAAGCUCCCUCACACCAUGCGGUGAGUCCCUACUGUUCAGUUCUCCCAAUCUACUCAGACCUGCUAAGUCUGAAGCCUGCAUGGGAGGCGAUGCAGAUCACCUGGAACAGAGCAUGGCAUGCUGGGAUAGAUGGGCUGCUGGAGCACCUAAGGUGCUUCAGGAGUGAUGUACCUGAGUUUCACAGCGAUCUGGUGCUGUCGGAAUCUCAGGCCGUGGUGUUGCGUAUAAGCAACAUCAGGUCUGGUUUGCAAGACUGCGUUCAGGCGGUCCAGGACGCCAGUUCACACAGUGCAGUUACCUCCGCUAUGACCAGGAUGCACCUUUACCUUCUGACUGAUCGACUGGCUGUCAAAUCCACCGCAGAGAGCAGCAAGAGCAUCCUGCAAACCCUCAGCUGGCACUCAGCUGUGAGAAGAUUUUUCAUGGUGCGUCCAGCCUGCAGUCAAGAUGAAAGACUAUUGAUGGAUAUUGUGUCAUUCCUCAACACAUUUUUCAAGCAAAAUCAGUCUGAAUCAGACCACGCGGACCUGAAAUGGCUAUUAGAACUGCUCCUAAACCAGGAGUCACACACCCUACUGAACCUGUUGCUGAGCGGUGAGCAGGCAAACACACAGAUCCAGUUGCAGGGGGAGGCAGAUGAGCUCCAUGCCCACCUCAGUCACCGGCUACAAAGAGAACUGACAGGGCUCUUCAACACUCUGCUUCUACGACUGACACACACUUCUGACAGAAUGUGUGAGGUUCUGUCCGGACUGUUCGUCUCCGAGCUGUCUCUGCGUCUUCUGCAGUGUCUGCGUUUAUCCGACGCUCCACGCUUCUACGGCCUGCCCUCUCUGGAGCGCACGCUCAGGACUAUGGCACAUGUGACGGCACUGCCUGGCUGGAGCACACACACACCGAACAUGGAUCCACACACGCUCUGUCUCAAGUACCUCAGUGGCCUCUUGGAAGUCAUUUCCUCAUUCUACAUAGAUUUGGGAGGAAACUCGAUGUCCUUCAUGGGUAAAGGUGUGACAAAGAAUGCAGUUAUCUGCCUGCUUCACCUGUCUCAUGAGAUGAUGAAAGAAAGUAAAAAUGAGGACUGUGUAUCUUUGUGGUCUCUGGGGCGUGAGCAGAGUUCUGAUGAACAGGGUGCUGCCCAGCUCGGCCUGGCCUGGUUAAUUCCCCUGUGGGUGGACCGUGACCCUGAGGUCCGCUGUGCCAGCCUGGCUGUGGGUGCGGCUCUGAGUUCGCUGGAGAGAGGGUGUGUGGCUCUGUCAGCGAGUUGCCAGAACAUCUCAGGAGGCCUCUGGGCCACGGUGCUCAACAUCCUGCUGGACAGACAGGAGUGCAGUAUGGUGCGGCGAGAGGCUGCGUUUAUUUUGCAAAACCUCCUUGUAAUGCCAAUGCCGGCUAAUGCAGAAGAGGCCAAAGACUCUGCCUGGCAGAGCCCCUGUGUGCACGAUGAGGAUUCAGGUCUGUGUCUGGUCGGGCUUCCUGCCCUGCAGGCUCUGUUGUACCACUGCCAGUUUUUUGAGAGCGUGGGCCAGAUGGUGAAGAGCUGUUACACGGGCCGACAUGCCUUCACCCUCGGUUCCCCUCCUCCGCCAGCCAAUGUCAUGCAGGAGGUGGAUCUGAAUGAUUCUUUGAGGUUUUGGAGAGCACAGCUGGCUCCGUUGAACCAGACUCAAGGCUCAGGAUCCAUCUCCACAUCCAGCACUUUGAUUCCAUCAGGUUGCUCUAGCCGGGCUCCUUCUCCAAUUCCGACUUCCAGUGUUACUGCAAUCCAAGAUGCUGCAGUCAACAGACUCACUGCUCAGGGUCAGAGUGACAUGGACAGCUCUGACUCCGCCCUCACCCAAGACUCCCACCCAGGGGGGAGAUCCGAGCCUGUCGCUAUAGUAACCCCUCACCUUUUGCUGGCCGUGUGCGGUCUGCUGGACAACCUGUUGGCUGUGCUUCCUGAGUUUAGUCUAUCUGCCCUCAAACAGAACCAAGUACUGCAAGGGAUGGCCAGUGUGGUAGACGCAGCAGCCAUAGCUCAAUGUGUGAAUGAGUUAAAGACACCUCCUUAUCCAGAUGCUUUUGAAGAUGCCAGGAACCAGGUGCUGAGCAGUGUGUAUUACGUGCAGAGUUUUUGUAAGCUCCUGCAGUCAGCAAUACACAGUGAGGAUCUGCCGCUCCAGCGAGAGAUCUUCAAACCCCUGCUGAACAACCUCAUUUCCAUCCUAACGCUGUCUGUCACUGACUUGGAUGCCCAGACCCAGGGUGCGGUGCUCCACACUCGGGCGGAUGUGUUGAUGCUCCUGGCUACUCUGCUGCGCAGGAACCAAGCUGUGGUCUGCCCAUCUGUCAGCGUGGCACUGGGGAAACACUGGCAGCAGUUUUCAGACGCCCUCCGAGUGUGUUUGGAGCGACGGGGCGCCGAGUCUUCUCUCUACACUUCGGCCAUGCGGUUUCUAUGUGUGCUGUUCACAGAGGAGGCUAAGAGGAGAUCGGUAGGUCGCGUGGAAACCUGUGGGGAACCCGGUUCCUCUUUAACUGAAGUCCUGUCCUCGGAGCCUGGAGAGGUCGUGUGUGAACUGUUGCUGGAGCAAUAUGAGAAGAUUCCUUUCCAGAACCCUUUGAAGAAGGUGACAGCCAAAGGUCUCGUGUCUCUGUUAGCCUGUAGCCCCAGCGCUCAGAGUUACGCCUGUAAAGCUGGCGUGAUUGACAGCUGUGUGGAACGCAUGAAGCACAUUUACACAGAGCUUCACCUGGAGUCUGUGAAAGCAGGCAAGAACGCUCACAAGAGGAAGCAGGUGGAGAACAGCAUGAGGGAACUUAAGAUGACUCUCGAGAUUCUGCGAAAUUGCCUCUAUCGACAUAAUGAAUGCAAAGCUGUGACCACCGAGUUGCGCUUAGCCUCCGUGCUGUUGGCGCUGUGGCCCUGGGUAUUACUGGAUGACCCCACCAUGACUGUGGUCCUGGAACUGUUGUGUGUUUACACAGCGAACAACACUGCAGGAUGCAGUGCUUUAUGUAGCAGCAGCGGUAGCUGUGGUCCAGUUCAGCCUGUUCAGCCUAAGACUGCGGUCACAAAUUCACUGAUGCAUGGCGUGAUGAGACUGGCUUCCCAGGUUGCCCCUGACAACAGCAGCAUCCACAGUCUUGCUUUCUCAGUGCUGGCCAACCUGGCCAUCUCCAAAGACUGUAAAGGGGUACUGCAAAAGAGUAACUUCCUGCAGCACUUCCUGUCCCUCCCCAUGCCUAAGGCAGGCAGCCGCAGCGGUGGUCCGGCGGGAGAGGUUCUAUCCCUCUGGCUCAAGCUUCUUCUGAACGUGUCGUUCGGGGAGGACGGACAGCAGAUGAUCCUCAGGCUGAGAGGGGCUCUGGAGCUGCUGGUCUAACUGGCCCAGUCCAAACACUCCAGCUGUAAACCCACCAUCCUACUCAUUUUACACAACAUCUGCUUCUGCUCGGCUAACAAGCCCAAAGUCCUGGCCAAUGGUAAAGCUGUUGAGCUGCUGAUCUCUUGUUUGAGCAGUACAUCAUCAGAUAUACGAACCAUUGGAGCUUCUGCCCUCUGGGCUCUGAUGCAUAAUAAUCAGAAGGCAAAGGCCACUUUAAAGUGUCCCUCCAUCAGACUGAAAGUUGAAGAGGUGUACAUGUCCGCCCGGAAAGAAGCAGAGCAGAACAGUGACAAACCCUUGAACGGCUAUCUUCUCAAGUGCCUGAGAAAUCUCUCACAACUCUUCAGCUCCUAAAAGUGCCUCACUGUUGAUAGAGAUCAUGAACUCAGUCAAGAAUGUAAAUGUUUUUCAAUGCCUAUUUAUUUUUUUGUAUGUUUCUAGUAUCACAGUGUAACUGUUGUUUUUCUAUGCAAUCAUUUCAAUAAAUUGUUUUUCA